UCUGGACGAUGGAAUUAACAGCAACAAUUUGAAGUCUUUGCUGUCUGGAAUAUAGAGGAGAUGAUUGUUUUCCAGGUUAAUUAAGCUUGGAUAACUUUACAAGGGGGUAGACAAUUGUCACCUCCUGAUUUAGAUAUUAAGCAAGAUCUCAGCUGAAAGAAACGGCAUUAAAUUAUUCCCUAAAAAUAGUGACAAAACAGAACAGAAACACUCUCAUAGAAAUGAAAUAAACACUAUCAUUGUGAUAUUUAUGACAAAUUAUCCUCUCAUGAUGAAUCCUUUAACUGAAGCAAAUAACCCUGAUACAGGUGAGAAACCAUAUCACUCUAAUACCUGCAGUGUAUCAUUCUCUGAUAGUGAUGUCUUGAUUAUAGAUGAACAUACUCAUACAGAGGAGAAGCCAUAUCCAUGUGAUAUCUGUGGUAAAUCAUUCUCUGAAAAGAGUAACUUGACGAAACACAAGCAUACACAUACAGGAGAAAAGCCAUUUCAUUGUGAUAUCUGUGAUAAAUCAUUCUCUCGUAGUACUUACUUAACUAAGCACAUCCGUACACAUACGGGAGAGAGGCCCUAUCAUUGUGAUAUCUGUGGGAAAUCUUUCUCUCUAACUGGUACCUUGACUAAACACAAACUUACACAUACGGGCGAGAGGCCAUAUGAUUGUGACAUUUGUGAUAAAUCAUUCUCCCAGAGUGGUCAUUUGAUGAAACACAAACUUACACAUACAGGCGAGAAGGCGUAUCAUUGUGAUAUUUGUGGUAAAUCAUUCUCUCGAAGUGGUGCCUUGAUUAUACACAAACGUACACAUACAGGAGAGAAGCCCUAUCAUUGUGAUAUCUGUGGUAAAUCCUUCUCUCUAAGUGAUGCCUUGACUAAGCACAUCCGUACACAUACGGGAGAGAAGCCCUGUCAUUGUGAUAUCUGUGAUAAAUCAUUCUCUAACAGUAGUCAAUUAUCUAGACACAAAUAUAUUCAUACAGGAGAGAAGCCAUACCAUUGCGAUAUCUGUGGUAAAUCAUUCUCUAAACCUGUUGAAAUGAGUUGUGAAGCCACAGGUGCCAACCUGUAUCGGUUCCUUGAAGACAAAAAUAGCCUUAAGGAGGAUUAG